AGCUGGGUACAAGUGAACCACUGAGCCUGAUGACUGUAAGUGAUAUUAGACAUAUGUUGGAGACAUACAGCAUUGAUCUCAAGGAGCUAAAGCAUCAUUUUGAUGCUGACAAGACAGUUGCUCUGUCUUCUAUGAACACAGAGAAGAUGUUUAAACUUGCAAAACACUAUGGUACUGAUGGAAAGGAUGUUCAUGCGAAUAAGCAGCUAUGGAAUUUCAGUAGGGCUCAUGGUACAACUGAUGUAAUUGUUUAUCCAGACAGCUUUUUUGAGAAAUAUACUCUUCCCCAAAUUGAUAUCCAAACACUUAGAGAUCAAGAGUUUGAGCAUUUCAUGAUCAAGAUGUUAUAA